CACUGAGUGUGGCCUGGAUUUCUGGUCUCCCCGCCUUCACCCCUUGCGUUGUACUCUGAUCCUGCUUUCCAGAAAGUCUGCCUGUUGGGACAAUCUUCUUGACAAUUUCCCAUGCCGUCAGAUAGCUCCACAGAAUUCAGUUUCUGAGAAGCAGCCAGAAGCAUGCAGUGACAUUGCAUAACCCGCCUCUGAAGCCAUAGAUAUCAGCCGUGGAGCUCAGAGGACCUGCUUCACACCAACAUGAAGGGAGCGAGCCUCAAGGACGGGGCGCCCAAGACACUCUUGGCCAGGGCACUUUAUGACAACCGCGCUGACUGCUCCGAAGAGCUGGCUUUCUCUAGAGGAGACAUCCUGACCAUUCUGGAACAAAACGUGCCAGAAAGCGAGGGCUGGUGGAAGUGUUUGCUCCAUGGGAGGCAAGGCCUGGCCCCUGCCAACCGCCUCCAAAUCCUCACGGAGGCCCCCGCAGACAGGCCCUGUCCCCCUUCGCUGAGAGGCAUGGAAGAAGCUCUCGCCAGCUCCAAGGACACCCACGUGCCCACCCUGCUCAACGCCCCACCUUCAGGCGCCAUCUAUGAGCAGAUGAAGAGCUGGGUGGAGGGACCCCUGCCACCCACAAUCCAAGUCUACGAAUUCCCUGACCCUCCUGCCUGUGCCAGAAUCGUCUGUGAGAAGACUGUGAGCAUCCCGAGACAGGCCCUCUUCACGAUUCCCAGACCUGCUCAGGCCUCCUUGUCAGCGCCGUCCUCCCAGCUGUACGACGUGCCGGUCCACAGCCGCGGGCCCCCAGCCAUUAAGGAGCCAGUGAAGCAGCAGUUAUAUGACAUACCCGCCAGCCCCCGAAAAGCAGGACACGGCGCCCCCGGCGGCCAACCAAGUAGGCAGAGUGUUCCCGUGAUGUCAACAGUCGCCUUACGUAGAGCCUGCUACAACACACUACCAAACCCUCAGAAAUCAGAAUGGAUUUAUGACACUCCAGUGUCUGCAGAGAAAGCGGAUGUAAGAAAUGCCUGUCUCACCAGCUUUGGGGAAGCAUCAGCGCCUCAUCACCCCCCCAGGUAUAUGUCCAGUUUCCACAGUCCUCCGAAGAGCACAGCAAGGUCCCCAACUCCACAUCUGCAAGAAAAUGUGCCUGUGCAGAAAAAACUCAGCCUUCCAGAAAUCCCUUCUUAUAGCUUCCCGACCCCCGGGGACGAAGGUGUCGACUACAAGGUUCCCUCAAGCUUUCUGAUUCCCCGCGUGGAAAAGCAGAAUGCCACACCCAACAUUUAUGACAUCCCUAAAGCCGUGCCAGUGGCCCGUCAGGCGGUGACAAAGCCGGGGAAAGCCGAUGGAGCUUUCGAGCAUUCCGCAGACAGUAAUCCCCCCUGGUUCUCCACACAAGUGACGUCGGCCUCCCCGGAGCCGGACACACUGUCCGUUCACAGUUCUGACAGCAGAGUCAGCGUCGUCUCCUCGUGCUCCAUCACAUCCACUGAGUCUUCGUCCAGCUCCUGUUCGGAGGAGGCCACAAAGGAGCUGUCCUUGGACCUGGACUUGGCCAGAGGGGCAGUCACAGCUCUGCAGCACAAGGUAGCUGGUGCCGUCUCGGGCCUGAUGCUCUUUGUCAGUAGGAAUUGGAGGUCCAGAGACCAGCUGGAGGCCAACCUCGGUGCGAUUCACAGGGCCACCGACCACAUAGAAGAAUCUUUGAGAGAAUUUCUGGAUUUUGCCCGUGGAGUCUGUGGGACCGCCUGUAACCUCACCAACAGUAACCUUCAGGCCAGAAUUAGGGAUCAGCUACAGACAAUCUCCGACUCCUACCAGAUCCUGCUUGAGACAAAGGAAAGCCUGGACCGCUGCAGUUGGUCCCUGGAUGUCCUUGUGACAGACAAAGUCCAAGACAGCCCUGAUGACCUUGAGAGAUUUGUCAUGGUGGCGCGGAUGGUUCCAGAAGACAUCAAGAGGUUUGCUUCCAUUAUCAUUGCCAACGGGAAGCUCCUUUUCAAGCAGAAUUGUGACAAGGAAGAGACCAUGCAAUUGACUCUAAAUGCAGAAUGUAAGCUUGCAAAAUGCAUCCAGCUUCCCCAAAGGGAAAUUGAAUCAUACCAGAGGAGUGCUCCUUUUAUUAAACACAGGGAAAGUGAACGCUCCCCUGAAGUCUUAAAGAAAAAUUGGACAAAUGUCUGUGAGCAGAAUCCCAGCCCCGCUCUGCACCCCCCGUGGAGUCACCAGGAUCCCGAGAAGAAAAUCCACCUUUCGGAACACUGCCGGCUCUACUUUGGGGCGCUCUUCAAAGCCAUCAGCGUCUUUAACAACAGCCUUAGCCACAGCCAGCCCCCGGAGAGCUUUAUCGCCCAGAGCAAGCUGAUUAUCAUGGUGGGGCAGAAGCUGGUGGACACGCUGUGCAAGGAGACCCAGGACAGGGACACACGCAAUGAGGUCCUUUGCCGCAGCAGCCACCUUUGCAGCCUGCUCAAGAAUGUAGCUCUGGCCACCAAACAUGCUGUGCUCGAGUACCCAAGCCCCACCGCGCUGGGGCACCUCCAGGCCGAGGCCCAGAGGCUGGAGCACCACACACGGCAAUUCAGAGGAACGUUGGAAUGACCCUCCCUCCCUCGCUCCGUCCCUCCUAUGCACCUCUGUCCUACUGGACAGGCCAGCCUGGGGAUACACCGAUGGAGGGAAAUAGCCAUGGUGCCCAAAGCCAGUUUUACCAAGUGUUUAGGCAACCCCAGGCCAUUGGCUUAUCCCACAGAGUAUCAGGGAAGAGAGUCAAGUGUUAAGUAAGGAAGUAAGGA